CACCAGGAGUGGUCGUCGGAGGCGGCCGCGGAGUACAAGAGCUGGUCGGCCGCGGCGGACCCGGAGGGGAGGCAGUACUUCUACAACGUCCGCACCGGCGCAACGAUGUGGUCGCACCCGGCGGAGGCCGUCUUGCCGCGCUACUACCUAAAGAUCGAGGCGGUGAAGAAGUUGCGCGACGAGGCCUUCGUGUCGCAGCUCGGCGGCGCGCAGGCCGCCGCGCAGACCGGCGUGCUGCCGCCUGGCGCUGCGCGGAUCUACGAGCUGGAGGCGCCGCCGCUGGCGCUGCCUGGGCGCCCCUUCGCGGAGGCAGCGCCACUGGGCACCUCCACGCGGCGCCCCGCCGCGUCGUCGUCGGCAGCGUCAUUGGGAACGCCCACGCGGCGCUCCGCGGCGUCGUCGGCCGCCUCCACGCCGUCGAAGGGCGGCCUGCUGGGGCGCCUGAUGGGCCGCUCGCUGUCCAUGUCGCCGUCGAGAGGCGCGUCGCCGUCGAGAGGGGCGGCGCCCGCCGGCCACAGCUGAGUCGGUGCAGGUCCGCGCCAUGGGAGGGGGAAGCCGCCUCCAGAGGUUUGCUGUUACGUUGUCCCCAUCGUACCGAAGGGCCACACUCCAGGAGGAGUGUCGAGCAGCGGGGCAGUGUCGACUCGACACGCCAGCGAAGUGUCGAGCGAGCAUCGCCUCCCAGGACACGCCCUCAAGUUUCGGUACGGACUCGGCGCUCGAGGUUCUGUUUUGUG